CAUGGAUGGAANUGGGAGAAUGGUGAUUGUGGAUAAAGAUGUGGAGUGGGUGAACGGGAUCACAUUAGAUAGAGAAGCUCAAAGAAUAUAUUGGUGUGAUGCCAAAAGGGAUGUGAUAGAAUCGUCUGGCAUAGAUGGCAGUAAUAGACAAAUCGUAAAACGAUUUCCACGCGACACUGCGCAUGUGUUUGGUAUUACAAUAUUCAAAGGAUACUUGUAUUGGUCCGAUUGGAACAAACCAGUGAUCUCGAAAAUGAAAAUUGAUGGAAAUACUGUGGAAGAUUUUGGACCGCGAAUAUUUGAUAAAGCGAGUGAUGUUCAUAGUUCGUAUGUGUCAAGAACAAAAGGAACCAACCCAUGCUUGAUUGGAAAUGGCAACUGUACAGGUCUCUGCAUACCAGUACCAUAUUCUCCUUCAAAUCCUACUGAUCGUAAAACCACUCGCGUGUGUAUGUGUGGGAAUGAAUAUAAUGGUACAUGUGAUAAACCAACCAACCAAACAGAUGGUGAACCGCCCAAUUUUAAUGGGACUUGCCCUCAACCGAUAACACUCACAGCUCCAACUUGUAAAGAGCAAGUACUAGUUGAUUAUCUGAUUCCAAAAGCGAUCGACAAUUCUGGUAAAGUUCGAUUGGAACUCCCCAUUCAGCCGCCUCCACUUAACUUAAGUGAAGGAAUGUAUGAACAUAGGUACACUGCUGUUGAUGAAGCUGGAAAUCAUGAUACUUGUAUUGUUAUUAUUGUUGUCAAUGUUAUUCGCUGUCCUGAAGUUCAUGAAAUCUUCAAAAAUCAACCAUUUAAAACAAUUAACACUUCAUGUGGAAAUUUAUACGGAACGCAAAUGGCGAUCACUUGUAUUAAUGGAACAACAAGUUCGGGCAGUGAGUUUAUUGAAUGUGGUCAAGAUGGAAAAUGGAUUGGAAACCCUGUUUGUGUAUCUUCUGCUCAAGAUAAACAAACUAGGCCAGUCAUUAAUCCAACAACUUCAACAGAAAGAAAUAUUAACACACACGAUGUGGGUAACAAUAAAGAUGAAAGCAGCAAUUUGCCCCCAACUGUAGCUGCAUCAACUUCAACUUUUCCAUUCUUGUUUGUGAUUCCAAUGGUAGCAGCUUUGCUACUAACUUCUGCAUGCGCUAUUGGAUACAGAUACCACAGAUCCCACAGCCUGCCAAUAAUGGAAGCAAUGGAAAAAACUCUCUCAUACAGAAAAAACGAAGAUGAUACUUUUACGCUUGAUGUAUCAGAAGAAAGACCCCAAACAAGUGGUGUGCAUAAUGCUUCAGAAAGUGCAGUAGCAGACAUUGCUUUUACUGAUAACCCAACAUUCAGAAAAAGCUCUUAUGGGACAUUAUGAUAGCAAUUAAAAUUAAACACUGUUGAUUAAUUAGUGUUGCAUACUGUUCCUACUUCAUAGAGCAGUGGUUUCAAAAGUUUUUAGCGCGACCCAAAUCAGAGUUUUAUGAACAUCUCACGACCCAUUUACCCAAGCCUCAAACAUCGAAAAAAAUCUAUUUUCAAUGUAUGCAUUCUAUACUAUAUUUUGAACAUGUAUGAAGACACAAGACACCCAAGUUGAUUAGUUGCAGUACACAGUUUAUGGUUAUCUCGUUUGAAUAGAUUUAAAUAACCUUGGAGUGACCCAUUUUUCAACCCUGUGCAACCCAUGUUUGGGUCGCGACUCAUACUUUGGGGACCAUUGUCAUAAAGAAACUGUGCUUGUACUAUAUGGUGUAUUUGGCGCAUUGCACUGUAACGAAAGCACACAACACUACCACCUAAGGCUAUGUUUAACAAAGACACAUAUUUGGCCGAAAUAAUAAGGUUUCCAAAUACAAAUUGAACUUAAACUUAAUAUUGUAUGGUUUUUAAACAUGUUACUGCUAUGAAAAAUCACAAUUUUGGUAGAGUUAAGGCAAGAAAAUGAGAAGAAUUUUAUUUAUUUGACAAAGAAGUGUUAAAGUUAUAUUAUUUAAUGCUGUGUUUUCCUAUCUAAUUUUAUUAUGAAAAAUACACUAGCAGCCAACACCAUGAUAACUUUACUACAAAUGUCACCUAAGCAAUAAAUUAAACAUUGUGUUACUUAAUGUCACAUAAACAAUG